AUGGAACAAAAAAUGAAGCAUUUGUUUUUUUUUAAAAUUUAUACAUUUAUGCUUUUAACUUGGUUAUAUCAUUUUUACGAUAAUAUGUAUACGUCUAACAAAUAUAUAUAUGGAAAUUACAUGCUUGGUAAACAAAUAGGCACAAGAACUUAUAGAUUCCUGGCAAAAUGUAAAGAUUAUCAUUAUUCAACUAUUAUAGAAUUAAAAGAAGGGAUGUCGAGCCAUACAGUAUCUGAGAAAAAAGAUAUAUCUAAUAAUAGAAAAGGGAUCCCGGGAAAGAAGAAACUAUCAAAUGGAAAUUCAUCAAAAAAUGCAAGAGAAUCAGAACAACCAAUGAAAAAUAAAUAUGGCUCAUUUGAAAUCAAAAAUUUAUCUCAUAUGGAAAAAAAAAUAUUAAAAGAGCUUGAUUAUCUAAAUUUUCUUAAAAAUAACAGGACGACUAGGGAUAAAAUUUACAAAAGCUUUGUACGUAAAAAAUAUGGAUUACGACUUUGUUUACCUUUAUUAAUGUUACUAUUAUUAAUAAUAGGAUUAAUAGUAGAAUUAUCACUUGGAUUUACAGGUAAAAGUGGUUUAUUAAUCCACUUAGGUUUGAAAAAGUCUGAUUUAGAGAGUUUGGUCACUAGCAAGGAAUCAGGGUCCAGUUCAGUAUGGAUGACAGUUUUAAAAUGGUUAUUGGGAUCAAGUUCGUCUGAUAAUUCUAGUACAUGUUAUUUUUGCAAUGAAACAUUAAAAACUCUCUCUGAUAUGUGCGCAUUAAGGCAAUUCUUUUCUAUUUUAAUAUAUUUAAUACCUUUCUUUUUAUUAGCUAUCACAUUAAUAUCAGCGCUUGUUUAUUAUUUUAAAAAUGUUAAAAAAUAUAAAAAAUUUAAAUUCAGGAAAAGGAAAAAUAAAGAGUAA